UCUAGUACUUCAACGACAACUACCUCGACGACAAGCACUACUUCAACUACAACAUCAACAACAACGACAACUUGCUUGCCAGUAUGUUUGUAUUGGGAUUGUUGGAUAAAUGUAACGGCAACAUUUCCUUAUACACCUCCAACUAUAAAUCAAAAUACUGAUAGUAGAACAUCAGUAUCAACAACAACAGGUCCAACAGUGAAUUUAUCAAGUUCAAAUUAUAUACAAGAUUUGGAAAAUGAGAAUUUUCGUUUAAAAGUAGGUUUAGGUCUAGGUUUAGGAGCUCCUCUAUUGGAUCGAUCAACAGCUGAAAAAAUUUAUUGGCGUUGUAUAAAAUUUUUAACAUAUCAUUGUCAUUCACGCUUACAUAUAUGUAUUAUUACGAACAAUAUUAUAAAACAACCAACUGAACAUACAUGCAGAUUUGAUGAUGCAACAUUAGAACUUUGUAAAUUUGAUCAACAACUUGCUGAUUGUGCUCGUAAUACACAAGAACCACCAGAAAUCAUUAUUAUUAAUUGUAUUAGAAAUAUGUCUGAUGGAGGACUUACUCGUUUACUAUGUCGUGAUAAUAUAAAACGUCGAAUUAGAAAACUACGACAUAAUAAUGAUUUUACAACAGCACCUAAUGAUUCUCAUUUUAUAUCUAUUUCAAUUAUGUUAUGA